CCACUAUGGGACAGCGCACGUGGAAAAUCAGGGUCGAAGUUUCUGGUUACUUACAACCGCCAAUUCGUCGCCAAGACCAUCAGUUCAGAAGAGGUUGAACAGAUGCACCACAUGCUAGAAGAAUACUACUCAUACAUCGUCCACUGCCACGGUCACACUCUUUUGCCACAAUAUCUUGGGCUAUAUCGUUUAACUGUGAACGACCAAGAAACUUACAUUUUGGUCAUGCGCAACGUUUUCAGUCCUCGCUUGCCUGUACACUGGAAAUAUGAUUUGAAACCUUUUCUUAGUCACCCUUGCAGCAGGAAUAAAUCCAGGCAGAAAUCUAUCGGGCGACAUCAGAGUCUUCACAGCAAUCGUUUGCAACUUAACAUGACGAGUGAAGUAAAGCUGCCGAAAAGUGGUGCUAGACUCAGUUAUCAGCCUUCCAUCUGUGACGGCUCGGCUGUGGAUCGAGAGGCUAAUGAAAAAGAAAAGUCAAAACCCCUUCCGACACUAAAGGAUAACGAUUUUCUCAACGAUGUCUCCAAGCUUUAUAUUGGCAAUGAUGCGAAGGUCAAGCUGAUGGACCUAUUGGAAGCUGAUGUGCAGAUCACACAGGAACACUUACCCAAAACAACCUUAUUUCCACGAUGGACCGAUUGGUACUGAUCAUCGCAUCGAUUUCCAACCUUCUGCGAUGUUCCCAGUCUUGUACUUGGCUGCCAACCUCUUGCAAAUUGGCCGGAUCGGCGUGGCGCUAUUAAUUUUGCCAACUGACCUUCCUAUUCGAAAAGUUAAAGGUCGCUACGUGGCCUAUAAAUAAGGGCAAGGUCUACUACAUCGUUUUUGACGGCGGUUACCUCUUUAUUGUGUCA